AUGAUGAAUGCAGCGUACCCAUCAUCCCUGCUUUUCCAUAUCUGCUCCCAGGAUGAGGAUUACAAGCCAUACCAGCGUGUGCUUGUGACAGGUGCGACGCUACUUGGGUGUGCUAUUUACAAAGAGUUCAAGAACAAUGACUGGUGGUGUCACUUCAACCGGGCCCGACCUUGUUUCCUGAAUUGUAAUCUCCUGGAUGAAGAUGCAGUGUGAGGGGUCAUUCAAAGCUUUCAGCCUCAUGUUAUUGUGCACUGUGAGAGGAGGCCAGGUGUUGUGGAACGUCAUACUGAAGCCAUGAACUUGAAUGUACAUGCAUGCGCUACACUGGCCAAAGAAGCAGAGGUCAUUUUACUCAUCUACAUCAGCACAUUUACAUUUUUGAUGGACUUAAUCCCCCCCUAUGGAGAAAAUGAUACUCCCAAACCUUUGAAUUUGUAUGGGAAAUCUAAGCUGGAGGGUGAGAGGGAGAUAAUCAUACACUGCCCAGGUGCAGCUAUACUGUGAGUGCCCAUUCUUUAUGGAGAGGUGGAGAGGGUUGAAGAGAGUGCAUUGACAGUAUUUUGGGGCCGUGUUCAGGAGGGAGCUGAGAGUUGCACAAUAGACCACUGUCAACAAAGCUUCCCCACCUACACCAAGGAUGUAGCACGUGUCUGUCAGAGCAUGGCCGAGAAGGCCCUUCAAGGACCAUCAUUACAUGGAAUCUUCCAUUACUUUGACAAAGAGAAGAUGACCAAAUAUGAUAUGGCUUGUGCAAUAGCAGACGCUUUCAACCUACCUAGCAGACAUCUAGUAUCAAUGACAGAGGCUGCUGGAGCAGGGGCUCAGAGGCCACAAAAUGCUCAUUUAGAGUGCUCUCGUUUGGCGCUCCUUGGCCUAAGUGUUGACCCCACCCCUUUCAAAACUGCCUUAGACAGCCUCUGGCCCUUCCAGCAUGACAAACGAUGGAGGCAGACAGUCUUUCACUGA